CUUGUUCCACACUAUUUCAGUGCUGUCAGUGUUUUACCUAGCUGGCCGCAUACUUGGAUUUUCAUCACCAGCUUAUGAACUUUGUGUGGUUAAAAAAGAUGCAUUAUUUUCCUGCCGCAUUGUUAGCAUUCUUGAGCAUAUUAUGUCAAGUGUUUGGAGGGAAAGUGUUGGUGUUUCCAUUGGAUGGAAGCCACUGGGUGAACAUGAAGGUCCUAAUUGAGGAAUUACAUACAAGAGGUCACAACGUGACCGUGCUUAGAGCCUCUAACAGCUGGUAUAUCAAGGAGGAAUCUCCUUUCUAUACCUCCAUCACUGUUUAUAAUAGCGGUGGAAUUGAAAAGGAGCAGUUUGAUGCAUUUACGAAACAUAUCCUGGUCAGCAGAAGAGAGAAACUGUCCUUUUGGAGCUACCUCUCUCUGGCCGCAGAGGUUGGAACAUUUUUUGAAGAGAUACAUCGCAAUCAACUUGACUUAAUGGGUAAAAUCUUUGAAAAUAAAGACUUAAUGGCUUCACUCCAGACAGCAAAAUAUGACCUGGUUCUGACAGAUCCGGCUUUUGGAGGUGGAUGUUUCCUUGCGCUCCGUCUUGGUCUCCCUCUUGUGCUAAAUGUCCGUUGGACGAUGCAUGGAGAGGCACAUUACGAAAUAGCUCCUUCACCACUAUCGUAUGUUCCUUUACCAGGACUAGAGCUGACAGAUAAGAUGACGUUUGCUCAACGUGUACAGAACAUAAUGGGAUACAUAUUUUCAGUUUAUCACAAAACCAGAUAUAUCUCCUCACACUACCAGUCUUUCUGCAAGAAAUACUUUGGAUCAGAAAUUAAUUACAAAAACGUCCUUCGGGAUGCAGACAUCUGGCUCAUGAGAACUGACUUUACCUUUGAGUUUCCACGACCCACAAUGCCUAAUAUCAUCUAUAUGGGGGGCUUCCAGUGUAAACCUGCCAAGCCGCUUCCAGAUGAUCUUGAGGAGUUUGUGCAGAGCUCAGGAGAUCAUGGACUCAUUGUCAUGUCCCUAGGGACUAUUUUUAGCCAUCUUCCACAAGAUAUCACAGAGGAAAUUGCUGCCGCUUUUGCCAGAUUGCCCCAAAAAAUAAUUUGGAGACACACUGGACCUCGACCUGUCAAUAUAGGUGAUAAUACAUUACUUGUUGACUGGUUACCUCAGAAUGACCUGCUUGGACAUCCUCAGACUAAAGUGUUUAUAACACAUGGAGGCACAAAUAGCAUCCAAGAGGCCAUCUAUCAUGGGGUGCCCAUUUUGGGUUUACCUAUAAUGACUGAUCAACCUGACAAUCUGUCUAGAAUGAAAUUUAGAGGCACAGCUAAACUUGUGGAUAUUGCAGAAAUGAACAGGACGAUGUUUCUACAGGCACUGGAGGAAGUGCUGUAUAACCCAUCUUACAAGGAGAACAUUCAGAGACUGUCCAAGCUGCACCACGACCAGCCAAUGAAACCUCUUGAUCGUGCCGUCUUCUGGAUUGAGUUUGUCAUGAGGAACAGAGGAGCUCCUCAUUUACGAACACAGUCUUUCAGAAUGUCCUGGAUCGAGUACCACUCUGUAGAUGUUAUUUUGACUCUGCUGGUGAUAGUUAUUUUGAUUUGUUUGAUGAUUUAUAAGAUCAUAAAAUGUAUGUGCUUAAAAAUAGUAUUUAAGAAGAAAAUUAAAGCUGAGUGAUCCCAGGAAUUUAUUUCAAGUUCAAAAAUAACGCAUGCAACAUAUAAAAACCUGAAAAUUUAUAUUUUUAUUUGUUCUUAUUUGUGCACAUUUUAAUUUUUCAAAAAAAAAAAAUUAUGUGCACAAUAUGAGUGGAAAAAGAGUGAAAUAAACUUCUUUAUUAAACUUCUAAUUGUUGCACUUGAUUUACAUCUUCCGGUGUAAAGUAUACUGAUAUAUAACUUAUCUUCUUAGCAUAAUUUUUAUAAGGACAAAAAAAAUAUAUAUUAAAGGCUAUUUUUAAUGUACUUAUCUACAAGCGUAAGGACGGCUGUAUUUAUCUAAAAAACAAAGUUCAUGUCUGUACAGAUUGUAUUACACAUACAGAACAUUAAGAAGAAUGCCUAAUGAAAAUACACUGCUACCUUGUUAGCACUGUAUUCAAAUAAAUAAACAAUAUUUAUCUGUUAAUAUUAUAUAUUAAAUGUUAUUUUGUCAAACAAUGUUUUGGGUGAUGACCAGGCUUCCUUUUGCUCAACCUUGUCGGGAGGACAUGUUUUCAUAUUUCAAGAGUGCAAAGGAUAUGCAAAUGACACACUGCUAUUUUAAUUAGCAACAGGAAAAAUAUGCUGGAAGAAUACCAGAGGCAUCAUCAGACAUCACAAGCUCCAUCAGCCUCAAUGAACUUCUAUUUUGUUCUUUUUAUUGUUCAUUGACCAAUUUCGACUAGAUGUUAUAUUAUCAUCACACACAUGUACCACUGCAGUUAAAGAGUUAAAAUAAAUGUAUUUUGAAAAAGGGAAGAAUGUACCAGACAGAUUCAGCCCUAUACUACAGAAUGUGGAAGUUAAAACAUCCUUGGUAUUGGCAUUUCUAAAAGAAGAUGUUUCCAACAUGUGUUCACCAUCGCCUGAAUGGCCUGUGUCAUUUUUAGGAAAAAGUUUUCGUGCAUCCAUACAUAAAUGUGAUUUUUAUGUAUACAGAGAUGUCACAGUUAGCAUCUAUUCCGGUCAAAGCCAGUGUGAACAGCUUGCACAUGACAUGAAGUGCAAUGUUUGCCCACUCAGUAGGGCACAAGUGCAAACCAUUUUUUCAUGCCAUGCCAUGUUUUGUUAACAAAAUACUUUCUCCAAAAUCGAUCAAUAUAAAUAAAUUAAAAUUUAAUGUUAUAAUUGCUCCAAAAAAUGCAUGAUAAACAUAAAAAAAUUAUGAUUAAAUAUAUUUUUUCAUCUUUUCAAGGUCCUUUACAACGAAUAUACUUUUUUUCUAUAACACUACUGUCCAGUAGAAGGCAGUAGACUGUCAUCCUGAGAACUACAGAUUAAAGUGUUUGUUUUGGCAGGGAAGGGUGUUGGCACAUUAUGUGUUGGUUAAAUGAAUGAAUGAAUAAACUUAAUGUUAUAAGAAAUUGUUUUGAACAUUUUUUUUUUUAUAUACAUUUUUAAA